AUGAGGCGGGGGUCCCAGCGGGACGCGGAGGAGGUACUAUCUCAGAGCCUAGCCCAGAGCUCAAAGAAUGUGCGCAGGAUCGAGAGCAGGUGGAAGGAGGGGGCGCUUUAUAAACACAUUUCCACCCCUCUCAUUGGACAUUGUCUUUGGGCACCAUUCAAAGCCACCAAUGGUUUGUCGACAUUUCUGCCAUUGCCCCUCACUGAUUGGCCAGAGGCUAUAGUCCCGCCCCCUGCUUGCCACGUCCCUUCGCAAACAAGAUGGCGGCGCCCAGUGGAGUCGAGGCCGCGCUCGGGGUUUGCCGAGGCUGACUCUCCGUCCCGCUCUCCCUUUGGGUGCCACUCGCCGCGAGCGGGAGGACAGGGGCCGGGCGGGGACAGGGGCACUUGCGUGGCUGGACCGCGAGCCCGCGCCCAGCCUGCGCCGCCCCCACCCGGCCCCGACCCGGCCCUUCCCGACUCCGUCCCAUCCUUGCGGGUCUCCUCCCGGUCUGACCCGUGGCCCGGUCGUGUUUACCGCUCCAGGCUCCUAACGCUGAGGUGCUUCCUCCGGUCCGGGCUCGCUGUCACUUUAGAGAUGUUUCACCUCUUCGCUCCCGAACAUUCCGCCUUCCAAGCCGGGACGCCGCUCCCUCCUGUAAAAGUCUUCCCUGAAGCCCACUUCUGUAGCCCUUGCUUCUCCCUGGGUUAGACGUUCGCAUCCCUU